CCAUGUCGGUGGACUCGACCCUCCCCAGCCCCAACCAGCUUAGCAGCCCCAGCCUGGGCUUUGACGGGCUGCCAGGCCGGCGCCGCAAGAAGCGGACCAGCAUUGAGACCAACGUGCGCUUCGCCCUGGAGAAGAGCUUUCUUGCGAACCAGAAGCCUACCUCAGAGGAGAUCCUGCUGAUCGCAGAGCAGCUGAACAUGGAGAAGGAGGUGAUCCGUGUCUGGUUCUGCAACCGCCGCCAGAAGGAGAAACGCAUCAACCCCUGCAGCAGCACCCCCAUGCUGCCCGCCCAGGGCAAGCCCCCUGGGUACGGCCCGCACAUGGUAUGUAGCGACACCCCGGGUACAGCCGCCCCACGUGGCACGUACCGACACCCUGGGUACGGCCCCCCCACGUGGCACGUACCGACACCCCGGGUACGGCCCGCACAUGGCACGUACCGACACCCCGGGUACCGCCCCCACGUGGUACGUACCGACACCCCGGGUACAGCCCCCCACGUGGCACCACUUGAAGGCCAGUGUUUACAUAGAACCUACCUAAACUCAGCUGAGGGGGGCAGACCAAGGCACUGUGUUUCCACAGGGCCUAUACAAACAAAGACCCGUGAGGAUGAGCCGCUCCCUCUGCUGAUCCCCCCUGUCCACCCCCACUUCUGUCUUGCAGUGACUACCUUAUCCUCAGCAGUUGGCUCCCUGACCCCCAGCCGGACGGGGGUGGGCGGGGGGCCCGCCACCAUCAAUUCCGCCACGCCGCCCCCCCCCAACAGCACCAACCCCAGCCCCCAGAGCAGCAGCCACUCGGCCAUCGGCCUGUCGGGCCUGAAUCCCAGCACGGGCGUUGGCCAGUGGUGGAACCCUGCCCAUUACCAGUCUUGACGCCGGCGGUAACUUGGUCCUGGGCACCACGGCCAGCACCCCGGGGAGCCAGAGCAUUGUCACCUCGCCGCUCUUCCUGAACCACGCGGGGCUGCCCCUGCUGAGCGCCACCCCAGGGGGGGUGGGGCUGGUCUCGGCCGCCGUGGCCGCCUCCCUGUCCAGCAAGUCCCCCAGCCUCACCUCCGCCUCCUCCUCCUCCUCCUCCUCCUCCACCUGCUCCUCUUGCAGCUCCUCCAGCGAGGCGGCUGGGCCGCCCCCAGGCCACACUGGGCCGGCAGCCUC